CUUACCUCCGCUCACCCUUGCCACUCGCUCAGCGAAAUCACGAGUCGCAUCGCGCUUGAUCACCUGCUUCGGCUGUCUUCCCAAGUACGAAGAUGAGAAAGAUAAGACAGAGAAGCUUGAUCAGGCGUGCAACGAACGAAACACGCAGGAAACCAGGUCAACCAAGCAUUCAGCGAAAAUGGCUACAUCGGGGCAUCAGAUGUGUUGCACGGCUUUGUGGUGUUCUAAUACUGGGAAUCCCAGUUAUGCCAAGUUUUUCAGGUUUCCUAAUGACAGCAGGGCUGUUCAGCCUGCUCGUGGGCCUGACAUACUUCUUCGAGCGGGAGCGGGUGUUCAAGACCUACCUGGGGUUCCAGCCCGUCGUCGUGCUCUUCAAGCCGGAAGCGGUUGAGUCUGUACUCAACUGUUCGACGAACCUGAAGAAGCCUAUCCUGUACUCGCUGCUCCAUGCUUGGCUGGGAACCGGUCUUCUCACCAGUUCCGGCUCCAAGUGGAAGUCGCGGCGGAAGAUGCUGACGCCGGCGUUCCACUUUCGAAUACUCGAAGACUUCCUGCCUAUCAUGAACGAGCAAGGAGAGAUCUUCGCGCAGGCGCUGCAGCACCAGACACAUUGUGUAAUCGACAUCACCAAGUUCGUCACUGCCUGCACUCUCGACAUUAUUUGCGAGACUGCCAUGGGAGUCAAGGUGAACGCGCAGACGAACCCGACCUCUACGUACGUGAGCAACAUCUACAGAGUGGGCAGCAACUUCAUCAACCGUGCCGUGCGACCGUGGCUGUGGCUGGACUCUCUUUACCGGCUAACGAGGAACGGACGUCUCUACCACCACGACAUAAGCGCCAUCCACACAUUCACCAAAAAGGUGAUACGUGAACGGAAAGACGUCAAGCUCGCCGAGAAGCGGCUCAUAACGGACUCCAGCGACGAACUCAAGAAGCGGCCAAUGUUCCUGGAUGUCCUGCUUGACCACCACAUAAACGAGAACAGCAUCUCUGAAGAGGACAUCCGCGAAGAGGUGGACACCUUCAUGUUCGAGGGACACGACACGACGUCAGCAGCCAUAUCUUGGUGCAUCUACUUGCUGGGCCACAGCCUAGAAGCACAGAAGAAGGUACAGGACGAGAUGGACCUCAUAUUCGCCUGCGACCGAGACCGCUAUGCCACCGUAGCUGAUCUCAAGGAGAUGAAGUUCCUAGAAUGCUGCAUCAAGGAGAGUCUUCGAUUGUUUCCUUCAGUGCCUAUAAUCGGUCGAGAGAUAUACAAAGAGUUCUGCAUAAACGGUCGAGUGGUGCCGGAAGGCUCGAUCGUGAUCAUCUUCUCGUACAUGCUUCAUCGAGAUCCGAAGACCUUCCCGCAACCGGAAGAGUUUCGGCCUGAGCGCUUCCUGCCGGAGAACACCCUGGGAAGGCAUCCAUUUGCCUAUGUGCCGUUUUCAGCUGGACCUCGGAAUUGCAUUGGCCAGCGGUUCGCGCUCAUGGAAGAGAAGAUUGUGCUGUCCAACUUGUUCCGGCGGUUCAGCGUACGCUCGCUAGUGCCCCGCGACCAACUCAAGCUGGCUGGCGAGCUCGUGCUUCGAAACAAGACUGGCAUCGAAGUCACGCUAUCACCCCGACAAAACACCCACGCCGUGGAAAAACAUGGAUAGAGACAGAACAUUUAUCACCCUGCCUUCAUCAUCGCGCUUUUUUUUCUUUUCAUGUUUUAGAUCUGUACAGAAUUAUGCGUCCUAACUGUGUGUGUAUGGCGGAAGGCAAGAACCUGGGCACAAGUUUAUUCAUGUACUCAUAAGUCUGUGAUGUUGCGCAGCAGCGGGCUGAUGCGCAUGCGCGGUGUGGGUGUCAGAAACCCACAGUUAGAACCAAACGCACCGUGCAAGCGCUCAAAUGUCCACUGGUACGUUAUGUGCUCAAAGUGAUGAAGUCAAAACGACAGCGAUUAAUAAGGGCGCGAUCCUAGUUGCGCACUUCAGUUUCAGACAUGCGUCCAGAGACAUGACGAUUUCUUCAGGAGAACAUUUUUGAAAGCGCCGUGGCCAACGAUCAGGGAUCCCGCGCAUGAUCAGGCGUGACGAUGUCCACUCAUGUUACUGCUGCUUUGCAACUUUCGAUCUUUCACAUCCAUUCACCCUUUCUCAGUGCAAGGUAACGAACCGCGCUCUAGUCUGGUUAAUCUCCUUGCCUUUCCCUUAUCACUCCUCUCUCUCUUUCUCUCUCUCUCUCUCUAUCUCUAUCUAUCUCUCUACGCAGGAGCGGCAGCGCAAAUAUUUUGCACGGCGCAACAAAGUUAGGCUCGAGGCAACUUGUACCUCAGUGAAGAUAGCAUGAGCCAUUUCUGUUGAAAGUUUAAGCGCCACUGCACGGUUGACUACAGCUCUUUGUGGAUCAUGCAAUCCCUUUGCUGCAAAUGCUUUUUGCCGUUCAAGUACAUGCACAAUAAGAAUGGCCCUCCUUCUAUAUUUUUGCGCGCACCACACUGACGCAUGAGCGAUAGCACGCGGAGCGACGUUUAAGUUUCUGACACAGUCACAUACUCCUUCUAAAACCCUAUGUACCAUACUAAAAUCCGAAAGGGGGCUGAUAGAUGGAGUGGUUGUCAGACGCUCACAAUUAGAACCAAACGCGCGGUGUAAGCGCUCAAAUGUCCAAGCGCAAGUUCUGUACUCAAAGUGAUGCAGUGGUGUUCAAGAAAGCCUAUACACCAUUCUGAAGUACUCGCUGAUGAAUGAAGCAGUAAAUACGAGACAAACGGAGAAGGCAGCAAAGCCAAGGCUUAGUUCAGAGGACUAAAACCUCUGAGAUAACUCUAGCGCUAAGUUUUCAAAGGUGGGCUCUGAAGUGUCAGUUGUCUUUGUACCCAAACCUAUGUGCAUCAGAAGCCAACGCGUUCUGCACGAGUCCUCACUGAAAGGAAAGGAUGUUGGAAAUUGUUGUGCAGGACAUCCGCAUAAUUAUGGUUAAUCACAAUCGGAAGGAGAGCAAAAGUUGCGUUCUGGAAGAUUCGCACACUCGUCUCUAUUCACCAGGGAGCCCAAGUCUUCAAAACGAGGCUCCAAGUAUUAGGAAAUAGUACUAUGGGAAUGACAGACAGCUAUAGACUACCACAAACUCAGGCUCUAUAUUGUAGUAGAGUAGAAAUGGAAAAUGCUGGAAGAAAGAAAGGAGAAAUAAACAAUGAAAAGUGCCUACAGGCACAAGAAAACACCCUACAAUGCUCCUAGCUUGCAGUGCAAUGGAAAUACCUCUAAAAGGGGCAACUACGGCCGCUGGCAUGAGUCGACACCAGCGUCCCACAGGAUUAACAACUGCAGUGAUUGUCCAAGCCCGCCUAACGCGGUAAGUGUGCGCUUUAUUUUGCGCAUUGAUGCAGCGACAGUGGCGAGGGAUAUGUACAGACAAAUGAGGCUACACUCCAGGGCUACCGUAUUAACUCGGAUAAUGCUCGCAGCCCCCCAUUUUUCAUCAAGCAUCACAAGUGGUGAGACUUCCGCCAUUUCGUAAAGUAUGUGAGUUACAUGUGGGUAGCAAAAUUCGGUAUUGUGUGGCGCCUGCGUUGAUGAACGUGUUUCGUCAUCGUCUUUUGAGCCCUCAAGCGCAUUCGCUGUGUAUUGUAUUUCUUCUGGUGGCUUCGCCUUGAGAGAAGUGGUUCUUGUGAGAAAGCAGGAAAGGCUGGCACUAUCUUCUGCAACCCAUGCGGCAGCAUGGCUCAGCGCCAGCAGGGUGGGCGAGAUGGGAUUAAAAGAAAGAGAGGGUAGGAGGGAGAAAGGUAGAGGGUCGUCCCAGCAGCAUCAGAGCAGCCCGGCCGGGAGGGCCCAGUGGGUUCGACCGGAGGAGUAGGCUGGAGGUAAACCGUAUAGGAGGUGGCCCAGUAGAAGUGAAGUAGGGGCGAUAUGGAAGCGAACGGUAGUGGCGACGCCGACUCUGAAUAGGUUAGGCCACAUUCACUUUAUUUAUUCGCUUAGUGAACCCAGGUUCAGUUAGUGUUUGUAAAUAAAGGGACGUCGCACUUUCGUCGCACGUGUGGAGCCUGUGCUCUUAAUACAAAGGCAAGUGCUGUUUGGAAGUAAUAUUUUGCUUGAGCAUUCAGUGGCUGGUGUGAGUGCACCAUGUCCAGGUUUGACGUGCAGUCUGUUAACAUUUGUAUGCUCGUUGUUAUGGCAUAGGUAUUUGUGCCAGAAAAAGUUGCUACAUCAGCACAUGUUCCUCGAAAACACAUGAAGUUCGAAGCGUUCCGCCUGAAGGCACUGCGGUCUAAGAAUGAAAACUUAUUGCCCCGCAUCCGAGUGAUCACCUGUGCUGCAUUGACACUACCAAGCAGACGCUAUACCUUAGUACGACGACGCGUGUCAGUAACUGUGGCGAAGUUACUGUAGCUGCUUCGUAUCAUUCAUAAGUACCAUGCCAAAAAUGAAAAUUAUUCGGCUGUGUUAUCCUGCAGAGUCGGCUGGGUUGAAGGACACAGGUUUCUUGGUGAAAGCACAGCGUAAUAGACUUGUGCCCAGGUGAAUUUAUACUCAGCGGCUGCGCGAUCGAUGCGUUACGCACCUCUCUAGACGCGUUGUGAUGGGUUCUAAGGUAGACGUCCAGUUUAGUGUUAUGUAUUUCUCGACAGAAGAAAGGCUUUAAUGCGACUUGUUUGAUGCACCUUUGUUCGCAUACUUGAGUCAAAAGAACACUUUACGCCUUUGAAGGUGUAAAACUAACUUGCAUUUGCAAUGUCUUCCUUCUCUGUACAUAAUUUCUUUCUUCUAGUGCGGGUACCCUUAGCACUGUAGCUUAGAGACUCCUACCAGUCGAGAAAUAUUGUUUCUGUCGCCUACGAUGUCACACUAUAGUGGACUUGCGGUCACUGCACCAUGUUCGCACAAGAAACGCUGAAGCGCACGACAGCACACAUUGUCUAAGAAACCACCGUUCAAGCUAAAACUAGUCCACUGUUAUUUAUCGUCAAGUUGCAUGUUUAGAUAGCAAUGUUCGGCUUGAUUGACUAGGUAGGCAUAUCAUCGCCUGCCACUUCGUUUGUCUGAAAUAGGAACAAAAACAAGCAACGGGUUGAAACAAAAGGAAAACAGCCACUCGCUCAAUGUGGCCAAGCUAAGAUAGCGACUAAACCGACUGUGCUUGCUCGACAGAGACAAAUCCCAGUACAAGGUCCUAACCGUGGCGAGUUUGUUCCGCCCAACUUGAUAAACUUUAACAUCGAACCCUUCACAACGCGUAAUAAACGUCAGCGGCGACCACGUCCGCAUACAUCUGCCGGGCGCCUUCCAAGGGAAGCACAUAGAUCUGGGGAUUUUAUUCACGCAUUGUAUUUUUUUUUCAUCAUGCAGGAAGAACAACUCAUCGUCUAGUCAACGUGCCGCGCCAUACAAGUCAGGGUUUCUCGCGUACACAUGUUUGAACACGUUGGGGGUUGUUUUUCCAGUUUUGUGUGCACACUGCUUUCCUUCAUCACAAGCAACGCAUAAUCAUUCUUCCCACCACUGUAAGUGCCGUGGCUAUCGCGAUAAUUGUACGGGCGUCUGCGCGUUGUUUCUUACUCUGUAUUCUGUAGAAAUAGCUGAGAUAUUCUGCCAAGAGAGGCAACGCAUGUUCACUUUCAAUUUCUCGUAAUGACAGCCGUUGCACUGAAGUAGGUUUGUUCGAAGACGCGACCCUAAAACACAAACAAAGCAAGGUCAUUGAGUCGCUAAUGUACAUUCACCACUACAAUGCACAAAAGAUCGCGGUGUUCGCAGUGUCGUGAUGUGAUCAUCGACAAUGUAUCAAGGUGGCAUCUGUCAUCAACGCCUCUAAAGAAAAGCGAAGAAGAACGCGAUGACUAAAUGAGAAAUUGUGCGCCUCUUUUUUGUUGUUCUAGCAGAAAGGAAUACGCAGUGAUUAAUAAGAAGAUACAUCAAAGGCGGAGCUAGCUCAGCAGUAGCAUUGGAGAUUGCUCCGUACCUUGGAGCAAUGUCUAAGGUACGGAUGGAAUGCGUUCGUCAACCGUUCGAAAAACGUGUGGAGUGCACCGAAAGUCAAGCUCUUGCCUAAGGGAUGACAGAACGGGAUUAACAAACCGAAAGUUUUGGGAGGCCUUUAGCGCUGAUUGGAGGAAGUGUCUGCGUAUUUCUUCUAGAUUCACGAUAGACCGAAACAUGAACAUUAAUUGACAACAGCAAUGCACGACGAAUACGGCUGUUUCAGUACAAGCUCGCUUCACAUUUUGUGGGAUUUUGAAACAAUUUGCCGGUUAUAAGCUGAACAUGAGUUGCAAAUUGUAUUGUAUAAGCUAACGCAGUUCAGUUUUCAUAAACACCGUUUCGAAACCACAAUGAAAGCACUCUUACCGGCGUUUUUGAUUGCUCACAUUGCAUUGAUUUGUGUACUCUUCGCUUACUGUCUGCCGGGGAGCGCUCACAUCUGGUUACAAUCAAAAUCGUGAUCUUUCUAUGCAAAUAUUGGCAGCGCAGUUUCUGUGAAGAAUUGUUUCACGAAAGUCUGGCCGUCUUAGCCAGUCUUCUUUUUUUUUCAUCUUCACGGUUCUCAUCUCUUCCCGUUCCUUCUGUUCUGCGCGCGACCCUUAUUCUUCAUUGUACGCUCAUAUCCUAUACUCCCGAUUCCUUUCUGUGUGGUUCUGUAAUAAACAUGCCCCACACUGCUA